GUUUUAAUGGAGGGAAAACGUGGCGACAAAUUGAGUAAUAAAUAUUUACACUAUGAAGCUCCUCUAGGCUACAGCAUUGAAGAUGUUCGUCCUCACGGUGGCAUCAAGAGGUUCAGAUCUGAUGCAUAUUCCAUCUGUGCUCGGAAGCCCUCCUGAUAACCCUCCGUGCGCAGUCUCCCUCAGUGCCCAAUAACUUAUAGUUGCUCAUAGUGUUCUUUUUCUCCCUUGGUCUUCCUUUAAUUUCAUACUGCCGCUAGUUGUUUCCUUAGUGGAUUGAGAUGGCCUUGCCCAUCCCUGCAACAGGAUUUGAGGGCUGUGAAAAGCGACUUGAAAUCUCAUUUUUCGAGCCAUCAAUCUUUACUGACUCGGGUGGAAAUGGCCUUCAAUCUCUCUCCAGAGCCAAAAUUGAUGGUAUACUGAACCCAGCAGAAUGCAGGAUAGUGGCAUCACUGUCCAACAAAAUUGUUGACUCCUAUGUUCUAUCAGAGUCCAGUCUCUUCAUAUACUCUUACAAGAUUAUCAUCAAGACCUGUGGUACCACAAAGCUGCUCCUGUCAAUCCCUUCCAUUCUUGAGCUGGCCAAAGAGUUAUCGCUCUCAGUAAAAUCUGUGAGAUACACCCAUGGGAGCUUCAAAUUUCCACUAGCACAGCCAUUCCCCCACCAAAGCUUCUCAGAAGAAGUCGCUAUCCUCGACAACCAUUUCAGGAACCUUGGUCUGGGCAGCAAGGCAUAUGUUAUGAGCAGUCUGGUUAAGUCUCAGAAGUGGCAUGUUUACUCUGCCUCAGCUAAAUCAGCGGACGAUCCACUCUAUACUGUGGAAAUGUGCAUGACUGGAUUGGACAAGAGACUUGCUUCGGUCUUCUACAAGAACCAGCACAACUCAGCAUCCAAGAUGACCAUUGCUUCUGGUAUUAGUAAGAUACUCCCUGGCUCUGAGAUAUGUGAUUUUCAGUUUGAUCCUUGUGGUUACUCCAUGAAUGCCAUUGAAGGACCUGCAAUGUCUACGAUUCACGUCACACCGGAAGAUGGUUUCAGCUAUGCAAGCUUUGAAGCAAUGGGUUAUGACCCUGAAGCAGUGAACAUGAGCCAACUGAUUGCAAGAGUUUUGGCAUGUUUCCAACCAAGGGAAUUCUCCAUUGCGAUUCAUUCAGGCCUCCGUAGUGAGGUAUAUUUAUUGGAAUCUGGCUUUGAUAUAACAGGCUAUGUCAGUGGGGCCAAAAGCUAUCAGGAGCUUGGAAACGGGGGUAGCUUAGUUUUCCAGAGUUUCAGGAUCACUGAUUGUGGAUCACCAAGAUCAAUUCUCAAGGGUUGCUGGGAAGAAGGGGAAGAGGAACUAGCAAACACUUGAACUGCAUUGCAUGUAUAUGGUGGCUUGCGUUUUGUUUGCCUUCGGUAAGUUUCCUUGUGGGAGUUAGCCUAUGCAAGUAAUCAAUUAAAUAUUUUAUGUCAUGGAAAUAUUAUUCCAGACAGUGUUUCCAGCAUUUGAAUUGAUGAAGUGGUCCUAAUUAGCUAGCUCAUGUUUGGGUGGGACAUGCUGUUUGUUGCUGCUAUAGCUUCUUUCUUUUCAUUGGUGAUCAUAGUGGAUUCGUGUUGAUAGUGUUUAUCCUGUUGAUGUUGUGUUUUAUGGUACGGUGUUAUGUUUUUUUUCUUUUUUUGGUAAAAGUGGAUCAUUCAUAUAGAUGUUGUAUGAAUACAUCUAGGAAGAUCAGAAAACAAAAUGUUCUUAAAUUAUCUUGAGAUUGCAUCUGAACAAGUCU